AUGGCUAAGACGAAGUUUAAACCUGUGGAGGAUGCGAAACCGGAAGUGGAAGAAGCUGAGAAAGUUGAGGAGGUUGAAGAACAGAGAGACGCCGGAGAAGAGGAAUCAGAAGUAGUAGAAGAAGAAGAGGAGGUGGCUGAUAAGAGUUUUGAGGAAUUAGGGCUUGACCCUCGUCUAAUCCGUGCCCUAACGAAAAAGGGUAUUGAGAAACCCACUCCUAUUCAGCAAUCAGCCAUUCCUUUCAUCCUGGAAGGAAAAGAUGUGGUUGCUAGAGCUAAGACUGGCUCAGGCAAGACCUUGGCUUACCUUCUACCAUUGCUCCAGAAACUGUUCUCAGAUUCCGGGAGCAAGAAGAAGUCUGCUCCUUCUGCAUUUGUACUCGUUCCCUCUCGAGAGUUGUGCCAACAGGUCUACACAGAGGUUUCUUCGCUUAUUGAGCUGUGUAGGGUUCAGCUAAAAGCUGUGCAAUUGACUAGUAGCAUGACUCCAUCUGAUAUGCGUAAUGCAUUGGCUGGACUGCCUGAGAUUCUUGUCACCACGCCUGCUUGUAUUCCAAAAUGUUUUGCUGAUGGAGUUUUAGAUCCUGCAGCUAUCACUGACUCGCUUGAGUUUCUGGUUCUUGAUGAGGCAGAUCUUUUGUUGUCAUAUGGAUAUGAAGAUAAUCUAAGGUCGGUAACUUCGAAAAUCCCAAGACGUUGCCAAUGCCUUCUUAUGUCUGCUACCACGAGCUCUGAUGUUGAAAAGCUGAAGAAAUUGAUUCUGCACAACCCAGUAGUUUUGACCUUGCAAGAAGGUGCUGACAAGGAAGAGGCCGUCCCAAGUAAUGUUCAGCAGUUUUGGAUUUCUUGCAGUGCUCAGGAUAAACUGCUCUACAUUCUUGCUCUCUUGAAGCUAGAGGUGGUUCAGAAAAAGAUUCUGAUAUUCAUCAAUACGAUUGACAUGGGUUUCAAGUUGAAAUUAUUCUUGGAAAAGUUUGGUAUCAAGUCUGCAAUCUUAAACGGGGAGUUGCCGCAGAAUUCUCGACUUCAUAUCCUUGAGCAAUUCAAUGCAGGUCUUUUUGAUUAUUUGAUUGCAACGGAUGAGAAUAGCCAGGCUAAAGAAGCGGAAGAGGCUAAGGGUGAAGAUAACAAGGAGAACAAGAAAAACAAAAGACGUGGCAAACCAAAGCUUGACGCUGAGUUUGGUGUGGUUAGAGGAAUUGAUUUCAAAAAAGUUCACACGGUCAUUAACUAUGACAUGCCUCAAAGUGUUACUGGAUAUAUCCAUCGCAUUGGACGUACAGGGAGAGCAUAUAGCAGCGGUUCUUCUGUUUCUCUUGUUUCUCCUGAUGAGAUGGAAGGGUUUGAAGAAAUAAAAGCCUUCUUAUCAGGCGAAGAGGACAAGGAUACUAAUAUUAUCACACCCUUCCCUUCCUUGACCGAAAAUGCUGUCGAGUCUUUGAGAUAUAGAGCUGAGGAUGUUUCAAAGAGUGUCACAAAGAUUGCUGUUCGAGAGUCUCGAGCUCAGGAUCUAAGGAAUGAGAUAAUCAACUCCGAAAAGUUAAAGUCUCAUUUCGAAGCUAAUCCAAGAGACUUGGAUCUGCUGAAACAUGACAAGCCUCUGAGUAAGACUGCGCCUGCGCCACAUCUGAAGAACAUUCCCGAGUAUCUAGUGGAUGCGAAGACUCAAGAAGCAAGCAAGAUGGUGAAGCUAGCCAGAGCCGCAAUGGGCAACAGUAGGAGAUCCGGUGGAGGUGCUGGUCGCAACAACAAUAACAAGAAACGAUCCAGAAAAGGCAGUGAUCCACUCAAAACUUUCAAUGGAUCUAAAAGAGGACACGGUGGCCAGAAGAAGGAUGGUAAAGGAUCAAGCGAUGGCUCGACCAAACUGAAGAAACAAAAGACAGUCUAA